AGCGGAGGGGAGGGGAAAUCCAAGCUUUUGGGGUCUCCCGACAGGUGUUUGGGGGAGAGGGCGGAGCCGGCUCAGGAAGGAUGAGGGAGGGGCGGUGCUGCCCCUUUAAGAGGCGGCGGCCGAGCAGGGACCUUUUCUCUUUCCCCGGAAGGAAAGCUUAGCCCUGGCUGGGCGCGCAAGGGGACAGGUUCCCGCCAGCAGCCAUGGGCCCUGGCCCCAGCCGCGCCGCCGGCGUCCUACGCCCGUUGCUCGGCACGCUCGCCUUGAUGGUGGCCGCAAGCAACCGCGCCGCCUCUGCCUUCAACCUGGACACCCGAUUCCUGGUGGUGAAGGAGGCCGGGAACCCGAGCAGCCUCUUCGGUUACUCGGUCGCCCUCCAUCGGCAGACAGAGCGACAACAGCGCUACCUGCUGCUGGCUGGUGCCCCCCGGGACUUUGCUGUGCCCAAUGGCUCUACCAACCGGACUGGUGCUGUGUAUCUGUGCCCACUCACUGCCCACAAGAAUGACUGUGAGCGGAUGGACAUCAAGGAGAAAAGUAACCCUAACCACAUCAUUGAGGACAUGUGGCUCGGCGUGACUGUGGCCAGCCAGGGCCCUGCAGGCAGAGUCCUGGUCUGUGCCCACCGCUACACCCAGGUGCUGUGGUCGGGGUUAGAGGACCAGCGGCGCAUGGUGGGCAAGUGCUAUGUGAGAGGCAACGACCUGGAGCUGAAUGCCACGGAUGACUGGCAGACCUACCACAACGAGAUGUGCAACAGCAACACCGACUACCUGCAGACGGGCAUGUGCCAGCUGGGCACCAGCGGCGGCUUCACCCAAAACACCGUGUACUUUGGUGCUCCUGGUGCCUACAACUGGAAAGGAAACAGCUACAUGAUUCAGCGGAAGGACUGGGAUUUGUCUGAAUAUAGUUACAAGGACCCAGAGGACAUAGGAAACUUCUAUAUUGGCUACACGAUGCAGGUGGGCAGUGCCAUCCUGCACCCCACAGACAUCACCAUUGUGACAGGUGCCCCGCGGCACCAACAUGUGGGCGCUGUCUUUUUGCUGAGCCAGGAAGCAGGUGGAGACUUGCGGAGGAGGCAGGUGCUGGAGGGCACGCAGGUGGGAGCCUAUUUUGGCAGUGCCAUUGCCCUGGCAGACCUGAACAAUGAUGGGUGGCAGGACCUCCUGGUGGGUGCCCCCUAUUACUUUGAGCGGAAAGAGGAAGUAGGGGGUGCAAUUUAUAUCUUCAUGAACCAGGCAGGCACCUCCUUCCCCAACCACCCCUCCCUCCUUCUUCACGGCCCCAGUCACUCCGCCUUUGGCUUCUCUGUGGCAAGCAUUGGUGACAUCAACCAAGACGGAUUCCAGGACAUUGCUGUGGGAGCCCCAUUCGAGGGCUCGGGCAAAGUGUACAUCUACCAUGGCAGCUCCAGGGGGCUCCUCAGACUGCCCCAGCAGGUAAUCCAUGGAGAGCAGCUGGGACUGCCUGGCCUGACCACCUUUGGCUACUCCCUGAGUGGGCAGAUGGACGUGGAUGAGAACUUCUACCCAGACCUGCUGGUGGGGAGCCUGUCAGACCGCAUUGUGCUGCUGAGGGCCCGGCCUGUUAUCAACAUCCUCUACAAGACCUUGGUAGCCAGGCCGUCCAUACUGGACCCUGCGUUCUGCACGGCCACCUCCUGUGUACAGGUGGAGCUGUGCUUUGCUUACAACCAGAGUGCAGGGAACCCCAACUACAGGCGGAACAUCACCCUGGCCUACACGCUGGAGGCUGACCGGGACCGCCGUCCACCCCGACUCCACUUUGCACGCAGCCAGUCAGCUGUCUUCCAUGGCUUUUUCUCCAUGCCUGAGAUGCGCUGCCAGACGCUGGAGCUGCUCCUGAUGGACAACGUCCGCGACAAACUCCGACCCAUCACCAUCUCCAUGAACUACUCUUUACCUUUGCGGUUGCCGGAUCGCCCCCAACUGGGGCUUGGGUCCCUGGACGCCUACCCGGUCCUCAACCAAGCGCAGGCUCUGGAGAACCACACGGAGGUACAGUUCCAGAAGGAAUGCGGGCAGGACAAUAGGUGCGACAGCAAUUUACAGAUGAGGGCGGCCUUCGUGUCUGAGCUGGGGCAGCGGCUAAGCAGGCUCCAGUACAGGAGAGACUUCCGAAAACUGCUCCUGAGCAUCAACGUGACCAACACCCCAAGCCGGAAGCGGGCUGGGGAAGAUGCCCACGAGGCGCUCCUCACCCUGGAAGUGCCUCCGUCCCUGCUGCUGUCCUCAGUGCGCCCCCCUGGAGCCUGCCAAGCCAAUGAAACCAUCGUUUGUGAGCUGGGGAACCCCUUCAAACGGAACCAGAGGAUGGAGCUACUCAUUGCCUUCGAGGUCAUCGGAGUGACCCUACACACAAGGGAACUCCAGGCGCAGCUGCAGCUGUCUACGUCAAGUCACCAGGAUGACCUACGGCCCGUGACCCUGCCUCUGCUGGUGGACUACACACUCCAGGCCUCACUCAGCAUGGUGAAUCACCGGCUACAAAGCUUCUUUGGGGGGACAGUGAUGGGUGAGUCUGGCAUGAAAACUGUGGAGGAUGUGGGAAGCCCUCUCAAGUACGAGUUCCAGGUGGGCCCAAUGGGUGAAGGGCUGUCAGCCCUGGGGACCCUGGUCCUGGGGCUGGAGUGGCCCUAUGAAGUCAGCAAUGGAAAGUGGCUGCUGUACCCCACGGAGAUCACUGUCCGUGGCAAUGGAUCCUGGCACUGCUGGCCACCUGGAGACCUUAUCAACCCUCUCAACCUCACUCUCUCUGUUCCUGGGGACAGGCCGCCAUCUCCACAGCGCAGGCGGCGACAACUGGACCCAGGAGGAGGCCAAGGCCCCCCGCCUGUCACUCUGGCUGCUGCCAAAAAGGCCAAGUCUGAGAUCCAAUUGAGCUGUGGCAGUGACCACACCCACUGUGUGUGGCUGGAGUGCCCCAUUCCUGAUGCCCCUGUCAUCACCAACGUGACCAUCCAGGCACGAGUGUGGAACAGCACCUUCAUCGAGGAUUAUAGAGACUUUGACCGAGUCAGGGUAGCCAGCUGGGCCACCCUGUUUCUCCAAACCAGCGUCCCAACCAUCAACAUGGAGAAUAAGACAGUGCGGUUUUCCGUGGACAUUGACUCUGACCUGGUGGAGGAGCUACCAGCUGAGAUCGAGCUGUGGCUGGUGCUUGUGGCUGUGAGUGCCGGGUUGCUGCUGCUGGGGCUGAUCAUCCUCUUGCUGUGGAAGUGCGGCUUCUUCAAGCGAGCCCGCACUCGCGCCCUGUAUGAAGCUAAGAGGCAGAAGGCGGAGAUGAAGAGCCAGCCGUCAGAGACGGAGAGGCUGACGGAAGACUACUGAGGGGGGCAGCCCCCACCCCCGGCCCACCUGGUGUGACUUCUUUAAGCGGACCCACUAUUACCGGAUCAUGCCCAAGUAUCACGCAGUGAGGAUCCGGGAGGAGGAGCGCUACCCACCUCCAGGGAGCACCCUGCCCACCAAGAAGCACUGGGUGACCAGCUGGCAGACUCGGGGCCAAUACUACUGAUAUCCUCCCUGAUUGCACCCUGCUCCCCCAGUGUCCCCUUCUUCUAUUUAUCAUAAGUUAUGCCCCAACAGACCACAGGGGCCGCUGCCUUUGGCUGGCACCAGCAGGCUCGGGCACACACACCUUUCAAGUGCAUGCACGUGCUAUGUGGCCGUGGCCUUCUCCCUGAAGGAAGGCUGGGGCUGUGGCCCGUACAUUGCUGAGCACUGCGGCCCUGUGCCCUGGACACAUAUGAGCACAUGUGGGUCCCACUGCUUGUAGACUGUGCUUGUGCACCCCGAAUGGUGCAUGGCCAUGCAUGUCCCAGCCUCUACGAGUGCCAAAACCAAGCCAAAGGCCUUCUUCCAGAGCCAGGAGGAAGAGGCCCCCAGUGGGUGACCCUUCCUCUGUUCACACUGGACCCAUCAUGAGCCACAGGCACUGGAUUGACCCUGACCUCGAGAUGAAAACUACUGACAAGGAGCAGACCACCAGAGCCCCAGUGCAGCUCCUAGCACCCAUGGCAAAGAGUGGGGACCCUGCCUGAGGUCGUCCAAGGAGGUGUUCACAGGAUCUGGCAUGCUCAGACCAAGAGCAGAAUGAACUAGAAAGAAGGUCCCCAGGGUGGCUUUCUUUCAUGAAUUGCUGAGAAAACCUCUGAACUCAGCCAUGGCCAUCCCGCGCGCUAGUAGGAAACGCAGCCGGAGGAAACAGAGGUGGACAGGCUGCUAGGCAGCCGGGACAUGCUGUGCUGGGACCGCUCUGGAGCAUGAUGGAAUCCUCAGUAGAGUGGGGACCGGUCUUGGGCCAAGGAGAUGAUGGACGGGUACAGAGCAGAUACCACUUCUCACCCACAUUACCAUCCUGGCCUUGAAGGCCUGGAGGGAUCUCCACGCGACCACAGAGGGAGCAACACUUGAAUGUAGAACAGGGAGGAAGCCCCAUCAUGCCCCAUCAGCCAGACUCCACUCUGCCCUCUCUGACCGUGGGUUGGAGACCUAGAAGUGGAGCUCUUGGCUAUCCUUGGCUUUUGGAGCCAGUUCAGCUUUGCCUUCUCACCUGUGGCCCAUUCUAGAAGUUGAGCUGUUUCCAGAAAACCUGUCCUGACCCCGGCCUGUUGGCGGGUCCCCUCCUCAGCCCCUCCCCCCUUCCAUGGUACUGUAGCAGGGGAGCCCCCUCCCCCUCCUUGUGCCUUCUUUGUGUACAGGCUUCUCACGGCAACCAGUAAACAGCCCCCUGUUUGUACACACUGCAUCUGCCUCCAUCUACCCCCACGUCUUAGCAACACCAUUCAGGCUGAUGGAUCAUGAUACCUAGCUUAUCCCCCAGUGGACAGAGCCGGGUGCAGGGCUCUGAGAGGUUGGGAGGGUGAAGUUCUAUGGCCGAGAUAACUGCUCCUGUUCUCAGGGGUGCCCCAGACUUAAGGGAUGGUCACCGUCACAUAACUGAGAUUCAGAACAUCAGAUGAGGAAAAGCCCUGAGUAGACUGUAUGGAAUCCAAGACAGCUUCUUGGUGGACACUGUGUCAGCCUGGGGAAGGAGCAGGAGUAGAGAUGGUGGCGUGUAGGGUCUGGAAGAGGCAGGAAGCUACUCUGCUGUAGAAGCAGGCAGUCCUGGGUAAUGAUAGAGUGACGCUGUGUGCACAGGUAGAGAGCUGAGAGCCCUCAUCUGGUGGCUACAUUCAGAUAAGAAUCUGUGUUACUGCCUCAGUUUCCCCACAACCAGCCUUAGAUACCAUGAUGGGUAGAUCAGAUGGUGAACCAGUGACCCAAGGGUGGAAACACUGAAAAGUCCUAGUAUCCAUUCCCUAGCUCUGGGAGGGAGAACCGGGAGCCCUAGCCUGCUGCAGCUCUUCCAGACACACUUCUGUCCUGAGUUCACAGGCGCAGGGUUGGGUCAAGCUCUCUGCUGCCUCCUCUGUGCUAAGGCUGCAGACUGUGCUUGUGCACCCUGAAUGGUGCGUGGACAUGCGCGUCCCAGCCUCUGCUAGUGCCAAAACCAAGCCUCACAGACCUGGGGGAUGGACCAAGGCUGCUUACCCUGUGACUUCUCUGUCCUAAAUUGUGUCACAAGUCCUUCUGUUAAUUGUUCUCAAGGACCUUUGACAAGAAGUAUUAGUUGCUUAGUCAUGUCCAACUCUUUGUGACCCCAUGGACUGUAGCCUGCCAGGCUCCCCUGUCCAUGGGAUUUCCCAGGCAAGAAUACUGGAGUGGGAUGCCAUGUCCUUCUCCAGGGGAUCUUCCUGACCCAGGAAUUGAACCUGAGUCUCCUGCAUUGCAGGCAGACUCUACCGUCUGAAUCACCAGGGAAGUCCUUUUGACAAGGCUGGAAAUUACUACUCAGAAAAGCCUAGAGGCAGAUCUUCAAUUCAGCUUCAGCUGCCUCAGACGGCCCCCCUGUGGCAGCUGUCUGCCCUCUACCCUCUCUAGGAGAGCCUGCUGCCUCAUUUUCUGUGCUGGGAUUUGUCAUUGACAGUGAGAUGUCUAGUUCCUCCAGGAAAACCCCAGCCCCUACCCAGAACUUCCAGGACCAGUAACCAGAGACCUGAGUUUGUUCUCCAAAUCUGGGUUAUUCACUAGGUCAGAAAAAACACACAUGUAGGUGGUCAAAGCCCAGCUCAAGUUGAUCAGAGUUCAGUGCAGCUCAGUCCAGUCCUUUGCCACCACUGAAGAAUGAAGUGGGAUCUAUAUAUCUCUCUGACCAGUGCACGGGCCCAGCCUCCCAUCUCCUGUGAGCACUUGUUUGGAUGAAAACAUACCAUCUGUCUCACACACACUUGCAAAAGUAAGUAGACAUUUUCAGGACUGUUGUAGCUAUACUUUCAUGAAAGAAACAUACUGGCAGAGAUCCAGCAAUGCCCACUUUAUAGAAAAAAACCCUGUAUUAUGCCAAGCUUAUUGAGUUCCUUGGAGCUGCAGUACCUCCAAACACUUUAAAAGAAGUAUCUUGGCUCUUGUAUCAGUUAAAAUAAAACAAAACAAACCAUCAGAUUAUUCUCCCUCUCCUGAGCACAGGGCUGGAUUGCACUUCCUAGGUCCUCCUGGUUGGAUGAUGCCAUUCUGGCCAAUGAGUUGUCACCCGGAGGGAAAGGGAUCAGUUCUGGGCUGAGACAGUUAAUUGCUGGGUGAGACUCUCCCAGUUCUGCUGCUUCCGGCUCUGAUGCUGUGGAUGCCUGUGUUGAAAUAAAGCUUCUGUCAGUCUGA